AUGGCGCCCGCGGGACCACGAAAGUGGGUGAAUGCAAACGAAGACUCCGAGAUAGUACCUACGUCUAGGGCUGGUGGCGUGGAUUCGAACACUUCCUCAGAGACGAGAGCGCUCGAUAAUCAAAAUGAUAAUAGAACGAGCUGGUAUACUCGAACCUGGCCGCACAAACCCAAGGCACCUGCUGUCGCUGAAGUUGCGCGAGAGAGCAUUUCUGCCGAAACAAUUUUGACAACGGAACGGAACUUGUCAACUUCAACGCCUCCUAACAGAAAUCAACCUGCUAGGGCCCCCUCUAUUGGAUUGACGAAGAAGAUCGGAGGAUCGACAAGGUCGCUGCCGGCGGAAGUAGCUACUACCCGGAUUAAUAUUGCAUCAAUUAGGUCCCCUUCGGUUUCCGAUACGUUAAUAUCCGGCAAAGGUGUUGGAUGUGACAUACAACAUAAUAUCUCAGAUGGCUCAGCGCCCGUAUUGACGACUGUUUCAACAGAGGCCCAAAAAGACCAAGUUACUAAGGAACUCGGUGGCAUGGUCGCCCAGGACACCGUUCCGGAUAGUAAUCAAGAGGGAAAGGAAAAUCAACAGGCCCACCCCAGUCAGACAUCGGGCUGGAUUGGCUGGAUUCCUCUCCCAAAAAUUGGCGGCCAAUCCACAGCAAAAAUAGAGCCCACAGAGCAAUCGGCGAAACCUGGUGUAGUGGCCGAAGAGUUGAACAAAGAGGAGCCGUUACCCCACGCACCUGAAGAAGAAACUGAGCCAAGUAAUGUCGAACGACUCGAAGCUGCAGUUGAUCCAAAAUUUACUGUUCCUGAGGUCCCAGCUCCUAAAAAACGAGGUUGGUUGCAAGUGUGGGGAGGCUAUCCCACUUCUUCGCAACAAGUAGAAAAUAGGCAGAAUGAGGGGCCCGUGAAAAAAGGUGGAGAGGAUGUAAGCGAGCCGGGCGCGCGCAACAAAUCCUCCAUUGCAAAGCCUAGCGCUACAGACUCGCAGAUGGAGAGCAACAUGGAGCCACCAUCGGACGAGAAUGUUGAUUUGACGGCGCCCCCUUCAGAUACAACAAAGCCAUCUAGUUGGUUUUUUUGGUCCAGAGAUACACAGAUAAAGCAUGCUACAACAAGAGCAGAACGGCCUGAACCAACCGAGGACACAACUAAUCCACCAUCUGAAGAUCAGGCGUCCGCAUCGAUCAAGGUAUCAGAAUCCGAACCAAGCGCUGUAGCGACGGAAACCCAACCGAAACAGACUCCAACGGAUGCAGUAUUAUCCGAUCGGCAAGCUAAACCAAGCACUAAAAAGCCAAUUGCCCCGUCGAAGGAAAAAUCUUCCGCAACGAAGAUUACAUUUCCUAAUCAAGUGCUUCCCGCAUUAAGGGAUAACUUCCCUGUACAGGAACGGGCCGGUAUUAUCCGGCAACUUGGUAGUUUUCUAUUCUAUUGCAACAAUACCGAACCUCGACAUGUAAAGCUGACAAAUAAUGCGCCGCGCGUUAAACAAGCGCUUGCGAUCGGUGUGCAUGGAUUCUUCCCGGCACCACUUAUUCGUACUGUUCUUGGGCAGCCAACAGGCACAUCCGUCAAAUUUUCGACCAUGGCGGCGAAGGCUAUUCAUUCAUGGACAGAGUCACAUGGUUUUGCAUGUGAAAUCCAGAAAAUAUCCCUCGAGGGCGAAGGGCGAAUUUCCGAACGUGUAGAUUUACUUUGGAAAUUGCUCCUCAAUUAUAUCGAAUAUAUCAAGAAGGCCGAUUUUAUUAUGGUAGCAUGCCAUAGCCAGGGUGUCCCAGUCGCGGUCAUGUUAGUAGCGAAACUGAUAGCUUUUGGCUGUGUGAGCUCUGCACGAAUUGGCAUAUGCGCCAUGGCGGGUGUCAAUCUAGGACCAUUUCCCGAUUAUCGAUCCCGCUGGAUCAGUGGAUCAGCCGGUGAAUUAUUCGACUUCGCGAAUCCGGACAGCAAAGUUUCACAAGAUUACAUGUCAGCACUUGAAACUGCUCUUGACUUCGGGGUGAGGAUCGUAUAUGUGGGAAGCAUAGAUGAUCAACUUGUGUCAUUAGAGUCAUCUAUUUUUGCACCUGUUUCACAUCCGCAUAUAUACCGAGCGGUCUUUGUGGAUGGCAGGGUUCAUGCGCCUAGUUUUCUUUCACAUCUCGUCAGUUUCGCGAUGAAACUACGUAACCUUGGAAUAUCUGAUCACGGUCUUAUCCGGGAGCUUAGCUCUCCCCUUGCGGGUAGUUUAUAUUCGGGCGAGGGACAUUCCCGUUUAUAUGACGAUGAAGCACUUUACCGCCUCGCUGUGGAAUUCACACUCGAAACACUGCCUGUUCCCAACGCCAAACUAGAAAUCAGCAAAUCCAGCCGUUCACCAAACGCAAAUCCAUACAUCCUCCCUUUCGCCAUGCGGGGUGUCCUCGAGGAAGAAUUCGUGCGACGCGAGUUAUCCGACGAAACGGCGGAGAUCCUGAAGCUGUUUGACGAGUGGAAACCUACCAGCAAGGUGCUGAAGGAUGUCAAGUUUCGCCUUGAGGGGAUUAGAUCUAAACUUUGAGCGAUUUCCACCGUUCGAUUUUUAUUUACCUUUAUAUAUUUUUUAACUUUUAACUUUUACUUGAAUAUUUUGUUUUAUUCUACACCGUGGUGAAUGGCGUAUUGUUUUUUUUUCCCCUAGAGAACGGUUCGUAUGCGGAGCUUCCUCCCCUGUUCCCUUGUUCCCCUGUCCAUUUCCCUCCCUCUUUUUGCCUUUUGUUGCGCUCUUUGUUUUCGCUCUUUCUCGUUGCUUUGAGCGUCAUUAUAGAUAGAAUUUUUCCUGUACAUGCAACUACCAUCCCGUUGAUGUGCGUUGCUAUUCCUCCCUGGCCCCUUCCAAUGUUGGAUAGCAUAUCUCCUCCACGAGCUGUUGAGAUGGUGGUCUGGCGUUAUGAAAGUAUAUAAUGUCAUUUAUUAAACGGUAAC